AUAUAAACAAACAACAAAACAGCGGAAGAAAACAAUAUUGUUUGCAAAAAGUUUUAAAAAGUUUCUAUUUGGAAAAAAGUGCUUAUACAUUAAUUUAACAAAAUGGAUUACGAUUUCAAAAUGAAAACCCAAAAAGAACGCACUAAGGUAGAGGAUCUUUUCAACUAUGAGGGAUGUAAAGUUGGUCGCGGUACCUAUGGCCACGUUUACAAGGCUAAAUGGAAAGAGACUUCAGAUGGUAAGGAAUAUGCCCUCAAACAGAUAGAUGGCACCGGUUUGUCGAUGUCAGCUUGUCGUGAAAUUGCUUUACUAAGAGAAUUAAAGCAUCAAAAUGUUAUUACAUUGAUACGUGUCUUCCUUUCACACACCGACCGUAAAGUGUUCCUUCUAAUUGAUUAUGCUGAACAUGAUUUGUGGCAUAUUAUUAAAUUUCAUAGAGCAGCUAAGGCUGCCAAAAAACCGGUGGUGGUGCCCAAGGGCAUGGUUAAAAGUUUAUUGUAUCAAAUUUUAGAUGGCAUCCACUAUUUGCACAGUAAUUGGGUGUUGCAUCGUGAUUUGAAACCGGCUAAUAUUUUGGUAAUGGGUGAUGGCCCCGAAAGGGGUAGAGUUAAAAUUGCCGAUAUGGGUUUUGCACGUUUAUUCAAUGCUCCUCUAAAACCGUUGGCUGAUUUGGAUCCUGUGGUAGUUACAUUUUGGUAUCGUGCUCCAGAAUUAUUAUUGGGUGCUCGACAUUACACCAAAGCUAUUGAUAUAUGGGCUAUUGGUUGCAUAUUUGCCGAGUUACUGACAUCCGAGCCCAUUUUUCAUUGCCGCCAGGAAGAUAUUAAAACCAGCAAUCCAUAUCAUCAUGAUCAACUUGAUCGUAUUUUCAAUGUUAUGGGAUUCCCUCAAGACAAAGAUUGGGAGGAUAUAAAGAAAAUGCCUGAACAUCAUACUCUCACAAAAGACUUUAAACGUUCUUCCUAUUCCACUUGCUCUCUGGCCAAGUAUAUGGAUCGUCAUAAAAUUAAACCCGAUAGUAAAGCAUUCCAUUUGCUACAAAGGCUUUUGCUUAUGGAUCCCAAUAAACGUAUUACCUCUGAGCAGGCUAUGCAGGAUCCUUAUUUCCAAGAAGAUCCUUUGCCCACACAAGAUGUCUUUGCAGGUUGUGCUAUACCCUAUCCCAAACGUGAAUUUCUUACCGAUGAUGAUCAAGAGGAUAAGUCCGAUACUAAACGCCAGCAGCAACAACAACAACAGCAGCAACAACAACAGCAGCAACAACAACAACAGCAACAACAACAGCAGCAACAUCAGCAUGAACCCAAUUCAAAGCGUGUACGUCUUUCAGGACCGGGAGGUCCCCAACAACCACAACAGGUUCAUCAGCAACAACAAGACUUCCAUCAUCAGCAGCAACAACAGGCGGCAGCUGCUGCAGCAGCGGCUGCUCAACAGCAACAACAACAAGCCGCAGCCCAACAGAUGAUGUUCAAUCAACAGCAACAGAAUUUUCAACAACGUUUUUGAGCUGUGGACGAGUUUCUGUUUGUUGAAAACAAAAUAUCUUUAUAUUUUUGAAUUGCAUUUUUUUCUUUACAUUACUUUAAAUUAUGUUUGGAAAGUUGUAAGGGUAUACUAACUCUUUUAGAUUUUUUAUUAUAUAUAAAUAUUAGUUUAAAUAAGUGCUAAAAGUAGUUAUCAAUUAGGAUGAUCUAUGAGAACUUUUAAUAUGCAUGUUACAUAUUCAGUGUUUUCUUAAUAAAUUAUAAAUUUAAAGAUGUAAUUAA